AUGUUGGGAGGGAACAAUGACAACCCUUUACCGCAUGAUAGCCAGUUUCAGUACCAAUCAAACACUUCCCUGAAUCAGCUUCACUUGCUUGAAACCAGGGAUCAACUGGCGAAGGGUGUGAAAGAUAUAAAACAGAGACAUGUCAGAUAUUUUGUUGCGGCUUUAGAGAAGGAUGUGUGGAAGAAGCUUCAAGAGAAAGACCAAGAGAUUUAA